UCACAGCCAAAGCUACAUGUGUUCAUAAAAUAAAUCACAUCGAGGGCUCUUCCGUUUGUUAUUCAGACUAAUUAACAAGAGCAUGUGUCAGAGUACACCGGCUAGGAGACAUGCAUACAAAAGACCUCACCUUGGGGCAGUUUAAUUCGCACACCUGAGUCCUGACACUCUUCUUUAGAGCUUCAUUUCAUCAAAAUUUAGCAGCUGCAAUGGGGAGCUCCUUGGCAUUGGCUUCUGUCACCCUCCUGAUCAUGGCAGCAGCAACAGCUCAUGGACUUAGGUUGGACAUGGGGUUCCAUGCAGCUCUGAAAAAUGAGGAGAUACUAAACUCCAAGUGGCAGGCAUCUGCUAGCCGUCCGAUCGACACGCGUCGCACAUCCAACGGUAGGCGUGACCCAGGUAGAAGUAGAACGAAGCCUCUGAAGAUGAACAAUCCCCAUGAUGUGGCACCAAGGUUCAGUGAGGACUACUCCGGGCCCGGUGGUCAUUCACCGAAUCACCAUCGAACAACUCCUUGCGGCCCAUGCUAGUUGCAAGUAGCAGAUAGAUGAUACUAUGCUCAAUUAUGCAGCUAGUUCAGUUUUCUCUGAAUUUUCUGAAGAUGCUACCCCCAUCAAAUCUUCAGAAAAAUGAUGGGUUGUAUGGCUCACUAGUUUUUCAGCACAUUAGUUUAGCUCUGAUGAGCAGUCUCUCUUCUCUUGUCUGAUUUGUUUCUGGUCCAAUUGAGUUGAGCUUCAGUCUGAACAGCAGUUUGUUAUGGAACAGGAUCAGUGUACUGUUCUAGGAUUUGUCUGAUGUUCAAGCCUAACUGUACCAGACAGCUACUACAUGUCUUUUGACAGUCCAAUCAAGCUCUCAGUAGAGUUACCUGGGGCUUUAAUUUGUUUUGUUUUUUUUGUUCUCAAGGCAUUCAAGUUGGACAGGGUUGCAGGAAAUGCUGCGCCUUUUUGAAGGAGAGUGUACAUUUUGUGCUAAGCAUUCUGCUCCCUAACAAAACACUGACGACUACGGAUGAGCAGAGAGAUAAUUGUUAUGUCUGCAAAUGUCGGAU